CGACUAGCCACCCCCCACCCCAGCCAAACAAGGGACAGCAGGAAAAAUCGGGGAUGAAGGCUGCCCGAGAGAAGGCCACCUAAACCUGACACCUGGGGACAGAACUACAGUUCCCACCACGCAGCGAGGCAGGAGGAAGAAGGGGCACCGAGGGCCGAAAAGGAAAACAAGGAGAAAAGAGAACGUUACCUGCUAGCGGAGGUGAGAGAGAAAGACAGGUGGCAAGAGCCAUGCAAUUCUCCGGCUCAGCCAGGGCAGCUGAUGAGAACGUCGACUAUUUGUUCAAGAUUAUCCUCAUUGGCGAUUCCAAUGUGGGGAAGACGUGUGUGGUGCAGCAUUUCAGAUCCGGCGUCUACACAGAGACACAGCAGAACACAAUCGGGGUGGACUUCACUGUGCGCUCCCUUGAAAUCGAUGGCAAGAAAGUGAAGAUGCAGGUGUGGGACACCGCAGGCCAGGAGCGCUUCCGGACCAUCACCCAAAGCUACUACCGCAGUGCCCACGCGGCCAUCAUCGCCUAUGACCUCACCCGGCGGUCCACCUUCGAGUCUGUUCCUCACUGGAUUCACGAGAUAGAAAAAUAUGGAGCGGCGAACUUGAUCAUUAUGCUGAUCGGGAACAAGUGUGACCUGUGGGAAAACCGGCAUGUUCUGUUCGAGGAUGCCUGCACACUGGCUGAGAAAUACGGCCUCCUUGCUGUUCUGGAGACAUCUGCCAAGGAGUCCAGGAACAUAGACGAAGUCUUCGUGCUGAUGGCCAGAGAGCUGAUAGCCCGCAACAGCCUGCAGUUGUAUGGGGAGAGCGCCCUGAACAACCUCCCCCUGGAUUCCAGUCCAGUUCUUGUGGCCCAGGGUCCGACGGAAAAGACCCACUGCACAUGUUGAAUAUGUUCCUGAGGCCAGUUGCACCCACCAUAGGCCAUCUCUGAAACCAGAGGGCCCGGAUAUCCUAGCGUCUGCUGAGCAACACCUCCGACCAACGUGUAGACUUGCCACUAGUCCUCAGUCCUUCCCGCCCAGAUGGGAAGCACUUCUGCCUCGAUUCACCACGGAGGACGGAACCACUGACUCCGAGGACAGGGGACGCCACUGUCUUUCUGAAUUUUGCCUAGUGAAAGCAGGACAUAAGGCCUGGGUGUAGGAGGGCAAGCUUUGCUGUUUUUCAUCUUUCCGUUUUCUCCCCAACCCUUCCAUUGUUUUCUACUGAAUUUUGCUUCUCCCUCAGAGAAGAGAGUAGUGAAAGAAAGAAGAAAAGAGGACUAUCAAGAGAGGGGAGAGGAUGUUUGGAGCAUUCUGUAGCAGUUUAAAACAGCUCAGGCCUGGGAGGGUGGGAUAAAAGCCUGCAGUGAUAAACCAGAAUGCUGUUACCCUUGGCUUCCCGACAUGCGCCCCACAGGUCUUUAGUCUGGAGCAAAACCUUUUGACGUGAAGACUGGGAAGCCCGUCUUGCCCGAUGGUCCAGAGCCACGUGGUGGGGAUAGAAUUGGUCUUCACUUUAUCCUGGCUGGGCUGGUUUCACCACCUCCUAGGAUGUGGGAGAUGCUUACAAUGUCUUUUUCUAAAACACCAAAUUAUCUGUUGGGUUGGAAGUCAUUUCUGAAUUGAAAUUAAAUCAGCUCAUAAAUGAAUAUCAAACUCAUAUUGACCUUGCUGUGUGGCUCUGGGUGUGCUGUGUACCCUCCAGAACCUGUGAGUAAUAAACCUUGUUUUUUCAUUCCCUGACGUUGUUGCUGACGUGCAUCUUGCCAUCAGAAGAACCACAAGGGUCAGUCCUGCCACAGCAUCGCUCCGAAAGGGGAAAUGUCUGUGGGGCUCGCCUCAGGCCCAGGUGAGUGCCCCCAUUUCUAGCCAGACAUCACUGUCAAUAGGCUCAGACCAGCACAAAACAAAUAGCCCCUAGCUGCAUGUGGCUAUUGAGUACUUGAAAUGUGGCUAAUUUGAAUUCAGGACAAGCUCCAAGUGUAAAAUACACACCAGAUUUUGAAGACUUAGUACCAA